AUGGGUGCUAUUUUUGCGUUGAUUCUGGCGACCUGUCUGAGCGGGGUUUGGGGAUGUCAGUUGGCCCACGACUGGAGACCCCAGACUGAGGCGUGCCGUGCGGAGCUCGCGGAGAUCAUCGUGUUCGCCAAGGUGCUUGCGCUGCACAAGGACUCGUACAGUGUGUAUAACUACCUGCCUUGGCAGUAUGACACGGACCUCUUCUUCUCCGCAGAGAUCGAGCUGCAAUGCGACCAGGCGUGGGGCAGCAUGCUGGAGGUCCCCACCGGCUCCCGGUUCAAUGUCACCGGGCUGGGCUACUUCCCCUGUUACUCCUACAGCGUCGUGGAGAAUAGCUCUUACUAUUUCUUUCUGAGGAUGGAUGAGAACUACAACAUCAUCCCCCAUGGUGUUAACUUCCAAGAUCCAAUCUUCCCAGACACACCAGAGAACCACCGCAUGUUCGCCAGCCUCUUCCAGUUCUCCAACUGCACGGCCGGAAUCACAGUCCACACCUACACCCCAGAGUGGGAGGCUCAGGAAGACAGCCGGCUGCUGUGCUCGACGGUGCAGAAGGCCCUCUUUGAGGAGGAGGAGCGUGUGAAGACUCUCUCCCAAAAGGUGCGUUCUCUGGAGAAGGCCAACAGCCAUCUGCGGGACAAGGUGAAGAACAUGAAGCGCCUGCUACGCCAGGCCAAACGAGACACCAAGGACCAGAAGACCCUUCCAAUGAAACAGCUGCACAACCCCGAGCCCCCCCACCCACACCAGGACACCACACAGGACCAGAAAAGACCCGCCCUCAAAAAGAUCCUCACCAAGACGCUAAAAAACUGA